UAAGAAAAAAAAAUUUCAAGAAAGAAAACCCUCCUAAAACAACGAACAAAUCUCAGCAACUCCAUCAUCACUUGUAUCAGAAACAACUCAGUUCGCCGGAAAUUGCGGGUGGAGCGGUUCGUUUUCCGCCACAAACCGUCGUCCAGGUUUUCCUCUUUUAUUUUUCUCUUCUUCCUUCCUCUCUCUUACAGGCGGCCACCAUGACCGCCACUGUAAAACCCAGGCAACACACCAUAGAAUUGCGUCGCAGCCGAAAUCCUGUGGAAACUGAUUUGCUUUGGAAUUAAUGGAGGCCAAAUUUUUCCGCUUUCUCAAGAUUGUGGGUGUUGGAUACAAAGCUAGAGCUGAAUCUGCAGGGCGUCUAUUGUAUCUGAAGUUGGGGUAUAGUCAUGAGGUGGAAUUAUCUGCACCUCCUGCUGUUCGUGUUUUCUGCUUCAAAAACAAUGUAAUUUGUUGUACAGGAAUUGACAAGCAAAGGGUGCAUCAGUUUGCAGCUACUGUUCGCAAUUGUAAGCCACCUGAAGUUUACAAAGGCAAGGGCAUAAUGUAUACCGAUGAAGUUAUCAAGAAAAAGCAAGGAAAGAAGUCUAAAUGAUCAUAUAAUCUUGGUCGAUUUUCAUGAAGUCUAUGACUCAGGUGCACAUUUGCUAGACUCUGCAGAAUUUUUUCCCUGUAGCCUUUGGACAAUUUCAGUGUUAGAAUUCUUAAACAGAGCAUCAUGGAUUAUCAAGUUUCAAAUAACAACAUUUUUUGCUUCAAUAUGAUUGACAUGUAUCAUUUAGAAUUUAUCUUUGUUGAGACUUUUUUUAAUCCAUUUAAUAAGAUAAGAUUAUUAUAUAAUUA